AUGGCAUCGCCGAUAGGUAAGCGUGCAGCACGAUCAAUACCAUCAUUGACAAAAGCAAAACGAAACAGGCCUGUUACGGAUGAGCCAUCAGUUUUCGUAACACAACUGGCUUCACUAGCACCAUCAGAUGAUGCUUCAGGCAAAACUGCAAUUAACCAGUUUGAAACGAAUCGUAUUUGGGCUCGUCCACCAAUCCCUGAUGAAUUACAUACAAAACCGGAAAUCGAUUUUCAAGUUGUUGACGUCGAUUAUUAUAUGAAUAGUGAAAAUAACGUUACCAUUCGUUUAUUCGGAGCUACUACUAAUCAGAAUUCAGUUUGCGUACAAGUUCAUGGAUUUCUACCUUAUUUCUAUGUAUUGCUGGAAAUUCCGUUCGAUGAAACGCAUAUAGAAUAUGCGAAGAAAUACCUAAAUGAUGUUAUUAAGGCUCAGGUUCCCGCUAAUAUUGGUAUCCCGAAAAAUGUUGAUAAUUUAGUCGUUGAUCUCGAUAUUGUUUAUGGUGCCAGUAUUUACGAGUAUAAAAAGGAUCUGAAUCAGAAGUUCCUGAAAGUAUAUGUUUGUUCGCCGAAACUUCUUAAUCUCUGCCGACGAGUGUUUACCAAUGGAGUGAGCUUGACCAAAGGAGGGCGGACUGAGUCAUUAUCAUGUUUUGAAACGAAUAUCGACUUCGAAAUUAGAUUUAUGACGGAUCAUAAUUUGGUUGGUUGCGCCUGGGUUACGUUGCCAUCAAAAAAGUACCGAAUUGUUACAGGGAAGGAAAUGAUUAGUCAUUGUCAAUUUGAGUGUUCGAUAAACAAUACAGACCUCGUUAUUCACUCGCCUGAAUCAUCGCCAAGAUGGUCUUCAAUAGCACCAUUGCGUAUUCUGUCGUUUGAUAUCGAAUGCACGAAUCGACAAGGAAUAUUUCCGGAAGCUCACACGGAUGCUGUUAUACAAAUAGCUAAUAUGGUCAAAAUUGAAGGCGAGAAUGAGCCAUUUAUUCGGAAUUGUUUUGUAAUUGGUGAAACUGCUCCGGUCAUUGGCAGUCAAAUUAUUGUUUCUAAAUCAGAAGAAGAAUUGCUCAAUAAAUGGGCAGAAUUUGUUCGUAUUGUUGAUCCAGAUCUCAUUACCGGUUACAACAUCCAAAAUUUUGAUUUCCCAUAUAUUGUUGAACGUGCUCGAGCAUUAAAGAUUGAAAGUCGAGCAACGAUGCUAGGACGUAUUCCAAGUUCACUUUCAAAGGUUCGAGAAAUGCCUUUAUCUAGUAAACAGAUGGGUAAUAGAACGAAUAAAGUAACAAAUAUCGAAGGACGGGUUGUUUUUGAUGUCUUUCAAGUCGUUUUGCGAGAUUAUAAAUUACGGAGUUAUUCGCUGAACAGUGUAAGCUACCAUUUUUUAUGUGAACAAAAGGAAGAUGUGGAUUAUGCAAUGAUUGCAGACUUGCAGAAUGGAAAUGCUCUUACGCGUCGUCGACUAGCUAUUUACUGUAUGAAAGAUGCCUAUUUGCCGCUGAAGUUACUUCAAAAAUUGAUGUCCGUCAUUAAUUAUAUUGAGAUGGCACGUGUUACUGGUGUUCCUCUCGACUAUCUGCUUUCUAGAGGUCAACAGGUCAAAGUUAUGUCACAGAUCCUACGAAAAGCAAAGUCGAUGCAUUUCUUUCUACCAGUCAUUGAUGUCGUACAACCUGAUGAUACCUACGAGGGUGCAACAGUAAUCGAUCCUAUUCGAGGUUUCUACAAUACUCCAAUUGCAACGCUUGAUUUUGCAUCUCUGUAUCCGUCCAUUAUGAUUGCCCACAAUUUAUGCUAUACCACAUUGAUUCGACGUCCAAUUGCAUCAUAUAAUUUGUCUGACUCCGAUUUUGAAGUUACUCCGUCAAAUAAUCGUUUCGUGAAGCCAAACAUUCGUCAUGGCUUGUUACCACAGGUUCUAGAGGAUUUACUGAAUGCCAGAAAACAAGCAAAGAAUGAUCUGAAGAAUGAACAGGAUCCAUUUCGACGUAUGGUAUUAAAUGGUCGACAACUUGCGCUGAAAAUAUCGGCAAACUCGGUUUACGGUUUUACGGGCGCUUCGGUUGGGAAGUUACCAUGUUUAGAAAUCUCCCAAUCAGUAACAGCUUAUGGUCGUCAAAUGAUUGAUUUAACGAAAAAUGCAGUUGAGGAGAUUUACAAAGAGGGUUAUCUGGAUGGCAAAUGUCCGUGCGAUGCGCAGGUUAUUUACGGUGAUACUGAUUCAGUGAUGGUAAAAUUUGGUGUUAAAGAUGUCAAGGCAGCGAUGGAACUUGGUUUGCAUGCUGCUACGGAAGUUAGCAAGAAGUUCAUACCUCCAAUUAAAUUGGAAUUUGAAAAGGUUUAUUCACCGUUUUUGCUGAUAAACAAGAAACGUUAUGCUGGUUUAUAUUUUACGCGCCCUGAAAAGCAUGACAAAAUUGACUGUAAAGGAUUAGAAACAGUUCGGCGUGAUAAUUGUCCGCUUGUCUCAAAAGUUUUGAGUACAUGUUUAGAGAAAAUGUUGUUGGAAGGUGAUGCUACAAGUGCUCUGGAACAUGCUAAAAAGGUAAUAUCGGAUCUUCUUUGCAAUCGGAUUGAUAUCUCAGAACUCAUAAUCACCAAAGAACUAACUCGGUCAAGUAAUGCUUAUGCUGCAAAACAAGCCCAUGUGGUUUUAGCAGAAAGAAUGCGGGAGCGCGAUUCCGGGUCAGCACCGCGUUUGGGUGACCGCGUACCAUAUGUUAUUGUUGCCAAGGGCCAGAAAGUCCCAGCUUAUGAAAAGGCCGAAGAUCCUAUAUAUGUAUUACAAAACAAUAUCCCCAUUGAUACAGCCUAUUAUUUGGAAAAUCAAUUGGCCAAACCGUUGGCUCGUAUUUUCGAACCCGUUCUGGGCGAUAAAGCUGAAUCAGUUUUAACAACUGGUGUACAUACGCUGGUUAGGACAGUGGUGCAGUCGAAGAAUUCGGGAUUGUCGCAGUUUUUCCAGAAAACUGAGCGGUGCCUUUCAUGCAAGAGUAGCUUACCAAAUGGUGUAACUGAUGCCACAUGCACGCAUUGCAAACCAAAUGAAGGGAAGGUUUAUAUUACCCACUUAGCUCUAAUGAAUGCUAUAGAAAACCGCUUUGCACGGUUAUGGACUGAAUGUCAGAAUUGUUCUGGGACAAUGAACGAGGAAGUGCUUUGCUCUUCGAGAGAUUGUCCAAUCUUUUACAUGCGAGAAAAAGUACGGUAUGAUCUUGCGGAACAAAUGAAAUCUCUUCAGCGAUUUUACCUUUCAACGUGGUGA